CUUGUUUUCCUGGUUUAUCACAAUAGUCCCCCCUUCCAUUUCCCUGUUGUUGACACCCCGUGGCAUUGAACGGGGCGGAACAAGCGGUGGGAAACCUUCUAUGUCCCUAGAUGGCCAGGUAUCUUUCAUGUCUUGCAGGAUGGGUUAUAAGGGUUCCUCUUAGGGUAGGAGGUCUUACUUCGUUUUCCAUUUCAAGCCGCGAGCGGCAGAUCUUACGAGAGUACGUCUUGAUUUAUGCCUUCCCACAAGAUAUCGUGCCAAACGACCCACUAUUGAUGAACUUUGAUAUUUAUGAUUUAUUCCCCCCCUCUUUUCCCUUAUCUUUUCUCGCCCUUGACUUUCCGUCCUUUCUGCUCCAUCUAUCUGCCUGUUCAUUAACUUCCGUCUGGUUUCGUUCUCCCUUGCCACCUUCUGGAGAUCUGCUGCUCUCUCCUAUCAUUCGCACCGGGUUGCAUAAUGGACUAAACGGGGCUUUUGGGAAAAGGCAGAGCCGGGGAGACUUAAGUCGGUAGGGGAGGAUGGGAACGAAGAUGUUCUAUUGCACAUGUGACGGCGUAUCCGGAAAGCAAUCAAUGGCAUGAAGACCUUUUAGUCAGAGCUGGAAUGGCAUUUAGUCGAAUGCUUCAGCAAUGGAGUUCUGGAAAUGUGAUGGAUGCAAGCGAUCGUUCUCAUGUUCUGUUAUUUUUACUCGUACGGAUAUAGAAUCGUUGGCCGAGCGAAUGCGCCGAAACCCA